AUGUCGUGGCGCCCGGUCAAGAAUAUUGUACAUGCUGUGUGCGUACAGCGAUUUGAAGCGACACACGCCAACAAUGUUGCUCUCGAGAUUGGCGACGACGUUUACGUUACCGAGAUAGGCGGCACUGCUCACGAGUGGUGUCGAGGUUGGCUCCUGUCGCAACCCUCGAUUCUGACUGGUCUGGACUGUCAGAAUGGCCAAGCGCUGAUGCCUCGAGCCUAUGCUGGAAUCUUCCCACGCAAUUGCAUUGAAAUCAGGGAGGUGCUGGCCGACGACGACAGUCAGGCUGUUCAAGAAGAGAAGGAAACAUCGGACAUUGCUCAAGCGAAUGGUGGUGCUCAGAAUGGCGACGACACCAUUGAGAUGCCGACCAAUGCGCCGCGUCGAGGAAAGUCAAAAAGACGGACACGCCUGUUCCCACGCAAGCCCAACGAUACGCAUUUACUGCCUAUUAACGUUCAGCCGAGACCGAUAGGUGCUCUGAAGGACGAAGCCCCUCUUCCUGCUCUUCGCAUUGGUGAUGCGACCCCCUUCUCGAACGAAGAGCCCCUGGUUGAUGAAAUCUCCUCGUGUCUGCGUGAAUGGCACUCCACACAUGUGCACCAGUUGGUACUAAACCAUGAGUACGAUCUCCUGGAGAAAUUGUCGGAUCUAGCAGGCAGAUUGGACAAUGCGCGCAAACAACUGAUUCAUGAUCUUCUCACUGAGAAAGAGCUUGCCUCGUUGAGAGAAAGAACUGUCUGGGACCUGGUUGAAGGAAACAAAUUGCUUCAUGGAGAGGUUAUCGUUCGCAGUCCCCAGGAAAAGGGCCGCAUUCUCACGGCGCAAGACAGCAUUCCAGAAAUGCUGGAACUGCAAGCCUUGAUGAGUAUGCGUGACAGACCUCCUCCACCACCCGCUCAAGAGUCGUUGGUAUCGCAUUUGCUAGUGGAUCUCAAACAAACUGGUGACACAAAUGGCGAGUCUGGGAUUCUGCACAUGUACUUGUGCCGUCAAGCGUCGGAUUCCGUGCCACGCGCUGUGUCUGAAGUCUUCGCUGUGGAAGUGCCGUUCGACCGUCACUCUAUCGAAAAUCUUACGCCAAAUCAACUACCAAAAACUCUGUUCACAGACUUGACAAAAGCGGAGAUUGGCAGUGCAACUGACCCGAGCUCUCAUCUGUACCUUGUUUGCUUGCUUCAUCGAGAAGAAGCUCCACGAAAGCGAACGAUCGCACCUUCUCAAGCAACGCCUCAAACAGACAGACCAGAAUCCCACAGUCGAUCGGAAAGUACAGGUGCACGGCGCAGCUUCCUGUGGGGUAGUCAACGAGGUCGCAAGAAUCUCGAGCGAAGCACUUCGCAAGAUCAAGCCCGUCCACCAACUCGAGAAUCUUCCAGAUCGAAAUUGAGAGGCAGACCGCAGACACCAGUAGUGGUAGAUACUCAAGGCCGCCCUGCAACAGCAGAAAAGAAACUAAGACGAGUGAUUGGAUAUGGCGCGAUCGAGAUCGGCGAGCUCAUCCGCCAGCAUGGGAACGCUACUCACAAUAUAUCACUGUGGACUCCAGCCGAGGCGUUCGAAGAAGUCAUCGAAGAACCUAUCGCGGGUGUCAAUGGAUGGGAAGAAGUCAUCAAGAACCUUGUCCGGAGUCCAAUGGGUAGCUUCACUCAAGCACCAUCGGUUGGGAAGUUCCAACUAGAUUUGCAUGCAUUCGCUCAUCCGAACGCAGACGCUCUCAUCAAAGAUCAUCCUGCAAUGCUGAGAGAUGUGUACUGCACCCAAGCACUAAACCUGUCUUCCGGAUCGGCUCAGCAGCGCAGUGAUGUUUACCUGACUCUCAGAGAGCCAGUGUUACCGUCUGGUGCCCGCUGUUUCCAUCCUCAAGAAGGCAGUGUACUUAUACCCAAUGAAGCCGAUUUGAGAAACCUGCAGUUGACACUUGAAGUACGGACUGAAUCUGGCAAGCGCAUUGACAACUCUAUCUGGCCAGCAUCGAACCGUCCACCACACACUGCAUAUAGGACAUCGGCCAUUGAUCGCAGCGAAAUUUGGAACCAGACUAUCCGUUUGUCUGUGCCUAACGAAGAUCUCUCUCACGCCCAUGUAGUUCUCAGUAUUGCCGAAGGCAAUCAAUUUCCCUUCGCGCUCGCUUGGAUACCUUUGUGGGAUCAUCAAGGUGCAGUUUGUACACAUGGUCAUCAAACUUUGGCUCUCUGGGACUACAGUGAAUACACUGCUAGUACUGUUCACGGCAGAGGCGCCUACCAAAUGCUACCAUCUCGUAUGGAUCAAUUACAAGUACAGGAGAACACACCAAUGGCUGCAUUGUCAGUAGACGUCACAUUGAGCAGCAGCACCACACCUCAAGAUCCAACGAUCAGCUCACUCUUGCAAUGGGACGGUACCACCGUUCAGGGUCUCAUGCCAUUACUGGGAGGAUUCAAACAAGCUCCAGAUGCAGAGAUUGUCAAGUUCUUCAAGCCGGUCUUGACUGCGCUUGACAAGAUCUUUAGUGUCUUCUACCGAGUCGCCGAUGACACUGGUACCGGUGUAAACCUGGGCGAGAAUUUCACUGAACGUGCGUUGUCAUGCCUAAUCCACAUGCUCCAUCUUACUCGUGAUCGUCGAUUCAGUAAUACAAAGACCCUCUUCGACGAAUACAUCCACGAGCGCCAGCACUCGCACGAUGCCGCCAAAGGCGUGUGCAGGGCUUUGCGUGCUUUCAUCAGCAGGCCUUAUGAGGUUGAAGAUGCAAGAGAACUUCGCAGCACCCUCAAAGUUUCUGGCCAGGUCAUGAAGUUUGUCACAAACUGCAGCCAAUCCGGGUCGCCACGUAGCACCUCAUCUUUGAGUAACGCAGUUUCCUCUGUGGUAGUGGCAUUGGUAAAUCUGAUGCGUAACCCAAGGGAGGACCUAUACGGAACUCAGACGAUCUUGAUGCAGCAGUUCUCUUCCUGGCUGCCUGAGCUUGCUCAUGCAAUGAGUGCCGAUGACAUUUUGGACGUGGUUGAUAAUAUGAUGAAUGCAUCUGUCAGCAAAAGGGGUGGUCUGCGGAUUCACAGGCUGAUCAUGGUCAAAGAAUUAUCCGGCCAAGAGACUUUCUCUGCUCCCGAUGUACUGCCCAAGCUCCACGCUGUUACACUCACAUGGCUUGAAGACUAUUGGCCAGACGCUUCGAAUUUGACCGAGCAGAAGAUAGAGGGCGUCAGGAUGUGUUGCUCGAUAUUGCGAACUCAACAAGCAAAAAUUCCCAUCUCGACACAAGCUCUGCAAUACAUCUGGAGACUCGUGGAAGCAUAUCACACUCUUAACGAAUUUGUAAAAAGCGGAGGUGACGGGAGAGUGUCUUCACUAUCUAUUAACAGGUCGAGAAAGUCACUCUCGUAUCUGUUUCCAGAUCACUAUCCAUUCCUGAGCCUGGCAGUCGAUGCAGAGAACGUGCCUUCUGAAGUACUUAUGGAGAUUGCCGCAGUGCUGGAUUCAUUCUUCCAAAGUGGUUCCCCUCAAGGCCAGCUGUUCAUGAGCGGAACCCCGUCCGACUCGAAGAUAAUGCAGCAAGGUUUUCUUGUGAAGGCCUUCAAGGUGUUCAAGUCUAUCCAGAGUGGAGAAGCAUUUCCCACACAAUGGCUCAGUCUACAUGUAACACAUGCGAAGGUCGCAGUAUCUGCUCUUCAGUGGCUACUCGAGAUUCUUGCUGCCAAUUUUGUACCUUCCGAGGACGACAGCGGUGUCAAUGAUGUCAUGGAGUUCAACCCUGAUCUAUGGGAACUCUGGUUCCAGAUACUGAUUGAGCUAGCUCUGGGCAAGAUGGUGUCUAUGGAAUCUUUCACUGAGCAGACGAGACGCGCUAUUUGGACUAUUGGCGGCGAUAUUCGAGCGGACGCUGCCACACUUCUCCAGAAGGGAUGGGCUUGUCUCGGUUGGCAAGCUCCGCCAGAGUAUCUUCAAGUGCUUUAUCCAAUGGAUCGGGUUGGCGGAUACCAAGUCGGCUUAUCUACUGAGGUCAUUCCGUCUGUAGUCAGGCUUUGCAUGGGUCUUCACGACCAACUGCAGUCUGUUGGCCUUGACAUUCUUCGCUCAAUCAUUGUCAGUGAAUGGCAAUUGAAUGAGAACUUGGGUGUUGUUCAAGCGGCUAUCAUCAACGCCUUCGACACUAUGCACCGUGAAGAUUCCGCGAUACAGAGUCCGUUUGCAUCCGCUUUCUUGGAACGACUUGGAAAGCAUUUUGUCGUUAUCAAAGAUACUGAGCUAGAUGUGCUUUAUGAAGCUGUCAUGAACGUGAUCGCUGAGGUCGAUCGCUUGUUCAAUGUAUUAGCUGACUUAGGCGAAGUAACGGAUCCUGCUUCUCGCAUGGUGCAGUUGAUCCGCCUCAUGGAAUUCUUGCGACUAAGUGGUCAGGAGGAAGCAUACGUGUGCCGCAUUCAUGAGCUUGCAGAGCUUCAUGUGCAAGCCAAGAACUAUUCUAGCGCAGCAUGUACUCUCAAUCUUCACGUCGAAGUCUUGAACGAGAGCCAGCCGUCUAGAGUGCUCUCCCCAACAACGGUGCCAGGACUGGAAACUCCUGCAGAGCUGGUUCAGUCACGUAGAGAUCGCCUGUAUCGGACAAUGGCUACAUACUUUGAAAAGGGCUACUGCUGGGAGAAUGUGCUGAAGACUCUCAAACACCUUUCUGAGGGCCGCGAAGCUACCUGGGAUGCUGCUGGUAUUGCACAAGUUCGAUUCGACGAGGCUCGCAUCUUCAAUACUCUGGCUGCCGGACCAGUACCGCUACCUCGGUACUUCUACGUUGCUUUCAGCAGCCAUGAACUCUUCCCAGAGUCCGUCCGUGGCAGACACUUUAUCUUCGAGGGCCCUGCAAAUUGCGAUCGUAAGAGCUUCGCAACAUUGCUCCAGGUUCAGUAUCCGUACGUUGUGAAUUUGGGACCUGAUUAUGCACAUCCUACAGCAGCAUCGCAGGAUCCCACUGUCAAGAUCAGUCCAGUCACAGUAUACAAAAAUCAAUUGCAUCCCAUCAACCAGCAAGGCGGAGUCGCACCAGGGUUUAGAGAACACUGUCUCACCGCUCAGCCGAUAGCGUUUGCGAUGACAAGUCGCCACGACAACCCGUCAAUCAGCGUUGUGGAUCAGAUCGUCGAGAAGACCGUAUUCUACACUGAGACUGCUUUCCCAACACUGCUCUCUUACAACUCUAUAGUCAGGGAGGAAAGAGUGGUCUUGACGCCUGUCCAAGCUGCCAUCGACCGCACGCAACGUAAAACGCUGAAUAUAGCAGUCGCGACACACUCAACGGCUAGUAAAGGAGAGUCACAUGUUGACACACUGGUCGAGACUAUACAGGCGAGUGUGGACAUGAGUACUGGUGGCAGUGUGGCUGAGUACCACAAGCUGCUCGAAACACUCCAAUCACGUCCAGCCACGAGUAGCACGGCCACCAAUACAAUGGCGGAAGUGCAGAGCAUCUACCAUGAUGCGUACGGCGAGGUGAAGACCAAAGAGAUGCAACUACGUGAUACCCUAAUCAUAUCACUUGAGGACCACGCGCGCAGCAUCGAACUCGCCAUCUCUUCACCCUUCAUUCCUACCCACAUCAAAGAGAUUCUCCGGUCGAACUUCGAGGAUAGCUUUUUGAUGGAGUUGCAUGCCAUCUAUCCAUCAAGAGAUUGGCGACUGAGAUCUGCGGCAUGGCAGAAUACCGAAAUACCGCAGAUGCCUGCAGCGAUGAGGGAGAGAGCAUCAAGUGAAGUGUUGACCAUUGAUACUCAGCAGACCGAGCAGACAGCUCAUAAGCCUAGAGGACGCCGUGCUUCCAUCAAGAAGCGGUUGAGUUUCUUGAGUCUAGGAAGCAAAGACAAAAGUGGUGAUGGUGGGACUAGAAGUCACAGUCGGGCGAGCAGCAGGACGAGAUUUUAA